AGAGGCUGCUUCCCGUUCCCAAGGGAUAACCCCCUCUCUCCGCCUGCCCGUGCGCGCUGCUUGGCGCGGCUCCUUUAAGAGUUGGCCUACGUGGCAGUGCUAGCAGAGGCGAGCGCAACGCGCAGUCCCAUCGACUUCCUGUGCUGUGCAGCGCUUGCAAUAGGAGUAACGCGCACCACCAAGAGGAGGGGUUGUGUGUGUGUGUGUGGCUGCGAGUGCUUAGUCCGGUCUCUCCCAGGCGCAGUGGGCACCCAACCCAUCCUGGAGCAAAAAAGCCACCCCUCCACCCGUCGCCAUACCCGCAGCAGCACCCACUGAAGAGCCGGCAGCCAUGGGGCAGAACGACCUGAUGAACACCGCGGAGGAUUUUGCCGACCAGUUCUUGCGAGUAACAAAACAGUACCUCCCCCACGUGGCCCGCCUCUGCUUGAUCAGCACGUUCCUUGAAGACGGCAUCCGUAUGUGGUUCCAGUGGAGCGAGCAAAGGGACUACAUUGAUGCCACGUGGAGUUGUGGCUACCUCCUGGCCUCCAUCUUCGUGUUCAUUAACCUUUUUGGACAGCUAAGUGGCUGCAUCCUAAUACUGAGUAGGAACUUUGUUCAGUAUGCCUGCUUUGGAUUGUUUGGAAUUAUAGCAUUGCAGACCAUUGCGUACAGCAUUUUAUGGGAUCUGAAGUUUUUGAUGAGGAACCUCGCUCUCGGGGGUGGUUUGCUCCUGUUGUUGGCUGAGUCGCGGUCUGAGGGCAAAAGCAUGUUUGCUGGUGUGCCUACCAUGCGGGAAAGUUCCCCGAAGCAAUACAUGCAGCUGGGCGGACGGGUGCUGCUAGUCCUCAUGUUUAUGACGCUGCUGCAUUUUGAUGCUAGCUUCUUUUCGGUCCUCCAGAACAUUGUGGGCACCGCCUUGAUCAUCCUCGUGGCUGUCGGCUUCAAGACCAAACUGGCCGCCUUGACCUUGGUCAUCUGGCUUUUUGCCAUCAAUAUCUAUUUCAAUGCCUUCUGGACCGUCCCGGUCUACAAGCCCAUGCACGACUUCCUCAAGUACGACUUCUUCCAGACCAUGUCCGUCAUUGGGGGCCUCCUGCUUGUGGUGGCACUUGGGCCUGGCGGCGUCUCCAUGGACGAGAAGAAAAAAGAGUGGUAGAAAGAGGGAGAAGGGCAGGAUUUAAAACAACCCGCAUUGUCUCAGAGUCUGGGGACUGACCUUCAACAUGGGUUCAGUGGGGGGAAUUUUUUUUUAAAAAAAACUGCCAGCAUUUUACAUAGGUGCCUAAUGGUCCCUACUUAAAGGCACACAUCUUAUUUUUGAGAAUCCAGUUUUGGUUUUAGUUCACGACCGCACUGAUAAUCGGAUACGAGAUCAUUCUUCAUCAAGGAACAUCUUUGCCUUGAGUUCCUGUUGUUCUCUCUCCUCUUUUUUUGUAAUUUCCUAAAAUUGGGACAUACAGAAGGUGGCUUGCCAAACAACAUGUGGGCAUAGCACCUGCCACCUUUUGAUGGUUUUUUAAACACAUUUUUUCUUAAAAAAAGCUACUGUGAUCAGAUGCCGUUGUAUACUUUCAGUGUGAAAGGUGUUCCCUUUUUUUUUUGUUUACGUUCUUCUUGUAAUUAAAAGUUGCCUCCCAGAUUGAGAACUGACAAAUCAACAAGUGGUAAGAGCUUAGUGUAGCUUCUGUACCAUUGGAAAAGGGUUUUUUAUACUUUUAAAAAACCGACACACCCACCCCAGUAUUACAACGCCCAAAUAGGAUAAUCCCUUGAAACAGAGGCAGGAGAAAAUUCUGCAACAGCUAGGUCCCUUAAGGGAAUUUUUUUUCUACUGGCAUAUUACUACUUGUAACGCAAAAAAAAAAAGCAGAGGCAGGAGAAAACCGUUUGGGUUUCAUGAAAAAAUAAUUCAAGGGAAGGCAAUUUGAGCAACAUCCCAUGGUAACUCAGAUUUUUCAGAUGUCAGCUCUUAAGGGGCCAUUGUUGCUUUACUUGGAAGAACACACGUAAUUUUAGGGGCAGACCCCGUAUUCUAGAGAUCUUGUGCUGCUGUUGCUUUUGGACAUCACAUCAGAUCCAAGUGAGCCUUGUGUAAAUGAAGAACAAGCUUGCUGAAUUACAGCAAAAGUCCAUCAAGUGGACAGCCAGAGGCUCCUGGGGCCCUCUAGCUAUUGUUUUCAGUGACAACUCCCAUCAUUCCUAACUACUGGCCAUGCUGGCUGGGGCUGAUGGGAGUUGGAGUCCUGCUGCAGAAGGUCACAAGAACAGCUAAUAGCUGAUGGUAUGUAGUAUUCAGAGGUAAACUGCUUCUAUCCAUGGAGGUUCUUUUUAGCAAACGGCCAUGAAUUUGUAAUUUUUUUAAAGCCAAUUAUCUAGCAGCCCUUGCCUCAUUUUGUUGAUAGUGAACUCCAUUGCGUUAAUUCAUGGGUUCGGUUAAAUGCUUUCAUUUAGCCAGCACUAAAGGGUGACCAUGGGGUGACCAUGACUUUUUAGUGCUGGGACUUUUAUACUUUUCAGAACUGUGAAGAGCUACAGAACUGAGAGAGGAUGAAUAUUCAGCUAGAUACUGUAUGCUAAAAGGCUCCAAAAAAGAUCCUUUGCGUGCUGCUUCAUCUUGUCCAACUGACCCCUUUCCAUCCAUCCACCCCUCAAUAAAAUAUAUUUUGGAAUACCCCAGAUUUUGCAUCUGGAAUAAUAAUAAAAAGGUCAAAUUCA